UAGAGUGAGGACAUCGUAAACUAACAUUGUGAGAAGAACUCUCGGCAAAUAGAGUUGUGUAGAAUUUUAAUUCAAUACGAUUAAGUGAAUUUGUGAAAAUGAAGACCAUUAUUUUCAGUGCUAUUUUGUUACACUUAAAUUGGUGUUAUGGUUUGCCUGAUCCCCGAGGGGUCGGAGUAUACGCAUACCAAGACUCUCUUGGCAAUAGGUACGGUGGAACGUACGGACUAGACGACAAAGACAUCGUCAGGAAUAGCGACCCUUACUUUGGCCAAUACCCCACCGUGGCCCAAAUUCCAUACUUGGGCAACUUCGCUGAUAGCUUUUAUCCAAAUUAUAUCUCGAACUACGAUAACAUUCUUCAAGAGGUGUUUGCUUCGAAUUUAGAAGCUCAGAGGUUGGCAUCGUACGCUGCGCACAAAGCGUAUGAAUUAACAACGAACCAGAUUCGUGAAUUUCCGAAUUUCUCCAGGUUUCCCUCGUUCGGACCCAUCUUUGGUGCUGGUGGUUUCGUACCAUAUGACAUCAUGUCUCAACCCAACAGCGCUUACGCCAGUGGGGCCAUAGGACCUGGCUUCAGUCACCAGAUUGCAGCUAUAAACCCGGAGAAUGAUGCGAUGAGAAACAUCGACAUAACAAACCGCUUCAACGAUGCGCCUGGUAACAAUAAAUUUUACGGUGUCUCCAGCUCCUCAUACUCUUCAUCAUCAAACGUUAAUGGAAAGGCACAGAACCUGAGAGGUGCUGAAACUGUUGUCAACAAUAACGGAAAGAUUACCAAAUACCGUGUCCAAGAUCCAUAAUUUUUCGACAUUUUUCAAAAUAAAGCGUUCUAAGUA